AUGCCAAAUCAAUUAUCUAUUGACCGAAUUAAGUCAUUGGCAGGUUCGCAUCAAAAACCGUUGCUUGCUCUGAAAGCGUACACUGUUUUUAUAUUAGAUCACCUUGUAGAAAAUGAUUAUUUAGAAUACGUUGUCGAUCAUGUGCUUCAUUGUAAUGUAUUAGUGCUUCAGACAAAAGAAGAAAUUGAAUGCGUACGUGAUUAUACGCACAUCGCAUUGGAUUUGCUACUCAGUAUAAUAGGUAUUGAAUUCGAUAAAAAACUAUUAAGCCUUGAAAUCGUAGAGCUCAUUCUGAGAAGCAUUCAGGGAGGUAAAUUAGAGGGCACCAGUGUGGAAAUUCUAAUGCUAUUAUACAUUACAUUAAACAAUUGGGCUUGUUGUGAAGUACGGUCUGGUAGUACGACGCUAGGAUACUCUCUUUUUCGUCUAUGUCCAAUCCUUUGUGAGAUUCUGAGGAGUACCUCCACUCUAUUAGAAGAUACAAACUUGAAUUUCGCUUUGGUAAACAAUGAAUGUGCCCACCAACUCAUGAUGUGUAAUUUUCCGGAGGUGGAGCAGUUACUAAUUAACGUUCUUGGGCUUUCGUCUGGGGUGGAAUACCUUCUUCCAUCCGGGCAUUUAGCGAUACCUGACGUCCAGGAUUUACUCGGGAGUGGGCAGACUCACGAAGUUGUACUUUUGAAAGGGUUGGCUUGCUAUAAUAUGGCCAUCACUCAAGAGUUUCAGCAUUGUGAGGAGGCUACGGGAUGGUACACGGUUGUAAUUGAGGUUCUAGAGUUACUCACCGACGGUAUUACCCUGUUUGAUGAUUUGUCUGACGUAUUAAAAAUGAUUCUCUCCGUAAAGGAAAGGCUAUUAAAAUAUGUUCAGGAAACUAAACAGAGACUCCUUCAGGAUCUUGGGAGUAGGGUUGAGAACACUUCACGCCGGCGACAGAAGGGUGCCCCAGGAUCGAGAAUAGGUCUGAGGCAAGGAAAACGCCUCACAUCUCAAAUUGACAAAAACCUUAUAGCGGUAAGUGCUCCCGCAAUUAGUGCGGACUUACGUUCCUCUAUCAGACGUUCUGGUUUGCCCACUAUGAUUCUUGAACUUUUAAGUAUGAAGGAGUUUUUUGAUAUUCUUUGUCCUGGCUUCACGGCAGGGCUUGAUUCCUGCACUGAUGUUUUUAUUUCACCUCUAUGUGAUUGUAUACCAUCCGAAGGGCGAGUGGUGGGAGUUUUGGUAUGCACUAAGACCCCAGUUCAAUGCGCUAUUGAACAGGAUAAAAUGCUAUCACAGGGCAUUCGAGAAUCAAAAUCGGUAUGGGUACUGAGGCGUCAAAUAUCUGAUCUAUCCCUUAGACGUGAACCCGUCAAUAUCUCGAGUAAAUUGAUCGACAUACACGACCGAAAUGUAUUCCCCAGAGUGUCCUCGCCCUCACCACCCUCGCUCUCGGAGGUUGAAAAAUCGUGCACACAACUCAGUUCUGUUUCGCGGCUUCUAGAUAAGAGGCUUAAUGUGUUGAUUAAAUGCGAACGAGUCUUCGAAGAUCGGUGGUCGGCCACGGAGAUGAUUUUGAAGGCGUUAGUGGCUUUCUAUGUGCCGCAGGAAUUACUGAAGCUAAAGGAAGAGUUUAUUGUUAAUCAGCGCGUUCAGGCAUUACAUAAAGAUCGAUGUGCGCGUAUUCUGACCGCGUUUUUUAGGCGAAUUCUCACUGAGAAGAAGCUAUCUCUGUCUAAGAGUGGGGAAUGGUAUAGAAAAUUCAGAGAAAACGAGGCGGCGAUCACCUUGCAAAGUUAUGUGCGCCGAUGGAUUGCCAUUCAAAGGCGGAAAGAACUGGAAUUCGUGAAGAAGCGUAUGAUUUGUCGAAUCACCCGUGUACAAAGUCUUUUUCGAGGACGAAAGACGAGAAGGAUGUAUUUUGAGCUUCUCAAGGAGCAGCAAAUCGCGAAGUCCGCGGCCCUGGAGCGUGCCGCGAUGCACUUCGCGGCCACUCAAAUCCAGCGCACUUAUCGAGGGCACUCCACCCGAUUGGCUGUUUGGCGGUAUCUUGGCAUGCAUCAUUACGCCACGCUUCAUCAUUUGCAUGAUUCCCGUCAAUACUACGCCACUCUCAUUCAAAGUUGGGUGCGGGGAAUGUUAUUGAGGAAAAUAUACGGAAAGCAGGUUUAUGCAAAACGGUGCAGUGCCCGCAAUAGGUACCGUACCGCUUUACUGGAGAAGAGUUGUAUACUUAUUCAACGAUGUUUUCGAGGCUAUCGCGCGCGUGGUCGUAUUAUUCGUCUUUUUUCUUCUUGUUCAAACGGUAGACCGAAAAACACUCCCGCAAUCGACCGUCUUCAAGAUGAUGAAGUAGAGGAAAAAAUACAAAGUGUUUUCUACACUGCAGCGAUCAUUAUCCAACGAUCGUGGCGUCUGUAUCAUGAUAAAAAACAUGUGAGAGAGCUGAUGGAAAAACGAAAGAUCAUGACCCUUUCUAGACAAAAAGAAAACCACAAACCUUUUUCGAUCAAUGAGUGGAUUUUCUAA